CAGAAGGCUUAUUUUAGACUGACAACAUAACACAACCAGCUGAUGCACAGAGACCAACACUUGAAUUCUAAGCUAUCAUGCAAGAAAAAAAUGUGCAUUUACAACACAGAUUAAUCACACAAACCUAGAGUAUUGCAAAACAAAUAUGGUGCCUUUAUAAAGCAUACAGAAAUAUGGUCGGUCUGAAAAUGGUUAUACUCAAAACCUAUAAUAGCUAACCACACAUCAGGCAUAAAUUGUUGGAUUGAAAGUUAAAUGUCAUAACCAAAGAUCUAUCCAUCUAAUUACAAAAGGAGAGACCUUCCACAUAACCCUUGUGCGCUAUUUAUCAACCUUAGGGACAUUUUUAAUCAUCGUUUUAAAUUAAUUAGCCUCUCAAAACGCUGUUUUGGUUCAUAAAAUCACAAAAGAUGCAUUUAAAUGCAUGUAAGCACAUAAAUUAUCAAGUGCCAGCAACACCCUAGUGGUGUUUUAGAGAUACUAAGAUAACAUGCAAUGGAUCUGAAAAAAGGUUCUUCUUAUUACACUGAUAAAUGCAUUCAAAUAUAAUUUAAAAGUCUUUUAGAGUCCCUGACAGUGACUUGAAUCGAGGAGCCUCCGCACAAUGAUCAUGCAUCCACACCAACAUUAGUGAGAUGAGAUGGAUGGGUUCAAGGAAAGAAGGAACUCUAAAACUCCUGGAAGUUUUUUGAUAUCAAAAGGAUCUCCAGUGGAGCCCUGGCACAGCACUCCUGUAAAAAAGAAUCUUUUUGCUGCUAAUGAGACCCCAGAUGUUUCUUCCACCAAACUCAGAGGUGAAAACAGAACAAGACCUCCAGCGCUGAGUCUGCAUGACCUCUCAAAACCAGUGUCCUCUUUCUCAUUUAUGCAGGAUUUUCAGACCCCAGUUAAUGGAUUGGAGGUCUCCACUAUCCAGAGGCAGCGUCUGGAGCUGCAGCUUCUCAUAGCAGAACUGAAGGACCGUGACCAGGAGCUCAAUACUAUGGCAGCAGCCCAUCACAUGCAGCUGCUAUCCUGGGAACAGGACCGUCAGAGAGUACUGAUCCUGGAACAGAGAUGUGCCCGACUGGAGGAUGAGCUGGAGAAGCGUAAUGAGGUGAUCAGAGCUCUCAGUAAGCGGACGAAUGUGGCGGAAACGAGAGAGAAAAACGUGUACAGAGAGCUCAACAGCACCCAACACCAGCUACACGAGCUGAGCCACAGACAGAUGAACAUCUCCAGACAUGAGCAGGACUUGGAGGAGAGGAACCAGAGUCUGAACUCCACAGUCAUGAUGCUGUCAUCACAGGUGGGGCAGCUGCAGGUGCGCGAGGAGGAGCUCAGCUCCAUGCUUAAACUGAAGGAUAAAGAUGUGAUUGAGGCCACCAAUCACAUUUUAGAGCUGUCCGGUCGUCUGUGGGAACAAGAGAAAUCACUCGAAGAGCUGCGAACACGUGAGAGCAAAACGCUGCGAGAAAUGAAGGAACACAAACACUGUUUCAGAGAGAGCAGACAUGAAAACACACAACUGAUAGCCGAGCUUCAGGAGAAAACCAUUGAGAACAACAGCCAGAGAGAAGAGCUCAUCCGCUUAAAGCAGGAAAACCAGCUGUUGAAGAAAGACAUCACUGCUGUUGAACUUCAGAUGAUGAAUGAAGAUAAAAGCUGGAGGGAUGAAUUACUUGAACUUUCCCGAUCAAAACAAGCUCGAGCCGAAUCUGAGCUGCUCUGUCUGCGGCAGGUGUGUGAAAACCAACAGAAUGACCUCCAGCUGCUAAAGUUGAACUUGGAGAGCGCCAGAGAGUCACUCCGAUAUCAUGAGGGUCAAAGGUCACGGGAGAGUGUGGCAGAUCUGAGCCUUCUUCAUCUGGAUUGCCCCUCCCCCUCUCACAGAAGUAGGCGGAGCUCUGUCUGUUUACCCGAUUCUAGGCUAAGCAUUGAACUCUGUGCCAAAGAUGUAGCUCACCACGACAAUGAGGAGGACUACAGCUCAUCCACAACACGGUUACAGCGUCUGCUCGCUGAGUCUCAGGAAAUGGUGGCAAGUUUGGAAAGUUCUACCAAGAAAUCUGUCAGCCCGACAAAACCUCAGAGCCCAACGAACUGCGAUGCCGGUUGUCACCUCCAAAGUAACCAUGGCAACGGCAGCCACUCCCAAACCUUCACCCAUAGCCAAACACGCCGGUAAAGUGACUCCCAGAUCGAAAGCAACCCACGUUUGCAACAAGGAAGCAAGUAAUGUGGUCCAUAAAGCCACGAGAAGCAACGAAUCCUCGUUUGCUACAGUCUUCUCUCACUGCUUCUAAAAAAAUAAAUCAGUUUUUUGCAACCAAAGAGGAGUUUUGUAAAGAGA